UCGAUAGGAAUACAACGACUGCGGUGGCCGCGGGCUUUUAUUUCUUGAAUCGAACCUGUUCUUUUCCUGCUCUUUACGUUUUCAAAGAUUCGAUUCUUCGUGGAAGGCGAUUGCUUCGCUCCGUCUCCACUCCUUUUCUCCUUCACUUGCUACCAUCUUAUUCCCACCCAGCGCUAUUCUUUCUUUCUUAGAAUUUGGAAUCUCACAAUGAUUCAUUUGAGAUUUCGAUCAUGGAGGUAACGAAUCUGGAAUCGGUUCAGCUCAUUUCCCUCUGACUGAAGUUAUUAGGAAAGACGGUUAGAGAAGAACAUAAUAGGGAUCAAGAACAAUGUUCGAGAGUUUUGUGCAUAUUGAGAAGAGCUACCAGUACGGAUCGACGGAAGCUGCGGCCGCGGCGCUAUCAAGAGACCCGAAACCGCGGCUUCGGUGGACGCCGGACCUGCAUGACCGCUUCGUCGACGCCGUCUCCAAGCUUGGCGGACCUGAUAAAGCAACACCAAAGUCGGUGUUGAGAGUGAUGGGCAUGAAGGGAUUGACACUUUAUCAUCUCAAGAGCCAUCUGCAGAAAUAUAGACUUGGAAGGCAAGCCCGCAAAGAGACUGGUCUUGAUGGUAUCAAAGAUGGUAAACCAAGUAAAGCAAGUUUCAACUCUUCUGCAUGCAACAUUGUUUCUAGCGGGAGCACUGGAGGAGAAAUCCAGCUAACCGAGGCACUAAGAUAUCAGAUCGAGGUGCAAAGUAAAAUUCAUGAACAGCUUGAGGUGCAAAAGAAGCUCCAGUCAAGAAUUGAGGCUCAAGGGAAGUACUUGCAGGCAAUAUUAGACAAGGCCCAGAAGGGCCUCUCCUUUGACACAAACAACAACAACAAGAACAUGGAAGCUGCCAGAGCCCAGCUCAAAGACUUCAACCAAGCACUUUCUGGUUUGAUGGACAAUGUUAACCAGUUCUGUAUUUCUAAGGGUUCUACAGAAUUGGAUAAAGUGACUGCUAAUGUAAGCCUUAACAGUUCUCCAACAAAUUCUGCCUUCCGGCUCUAUCAAGAAGAGGAGUCUCCUCAUAACCUAAAGUUUUCUUCACAUAGAGGAUCUCUCCUAUUGGAUUUGAAUCUUAAAGGUAACCAGGAUUUCUUUAGUGGGAAUAUAGGUAAUGACUUAGAUCCGCAAAUGCAUUUGCAAAUAAGGUAACCAUUGAUCCUGCAGUCCCAGUCUUCUUGAGCUACAAAUUUUCCAAAAGUUGCAAUUUAUGGAAGUUUUUGUUGUGUAUAAAUACUAUUUGAAUAAGUUGCUUGGCUUCAGAAGGUUGAAGAAAUUUACUCCUGUAAAUGUUACAGUUAUAAAAUUGAUGAGCCAUGAAAUCUCUUGCAGUAAAAGACUAUACAUUUUGUUCC